UGUUAGGAUAAAAUUAAAUAAUAGGAGAGGAGAUAUUCUUAUUGGAGCAUGACGACCGCCGCACCUUUCUCUGGUGCAAUCGGAAAAUCCAGAUGGUCACUUGCCGGAAUGACUGCUGUCGUCACCGGUGGUACACUUGGGAUCGGCUAUGCUGUGGUGGAGGAACUGGCGGAGUUAGGAGCAGAAGUGCACACCUGCUCACGUAAUGAAUCUGUACUUAACCAACGCUUACAAGAAUGGUCCGACAAAGGCUUUAAGGUCACUGGAUCCGUCUGCGACUUAUCUUCUCGCCCCCAACGGGAACAGUUUGUGGAAAAAGUCACAGCACUUUUCGGUGGCAAACUCAACAUCCUAAUCAACAAUGUUGGGACAAAUAUAUUUAAAACUACGUUAGAGUUUACCCCAGAAGAGUAUUCCAUGAUCAUGGCUACCAAUUUGGAGUCUUGUUACCAUAUGUGUCAACUUUCACAUCCUCUUUUAAAAGCUUCUGGAGCUGGAAACAUUGUGUUUAUUUCAUCUGUUGCAGGUCUUGUUCACGUUUCUGUUGGGUCUAUUUACAGUGCCACCAAAGGUGCAAUGAAUCAGCUUGCAAAGAAUUUAGCAUGUGAAUGGGGUAAAGAUAACAUUAGGGCUAAUUGUGUAGCGCCAUGGGUCACUAAAACCCCACUCGCCGAACAUCUUCUUGAAAGCGAGGAGUUUAUGGAAGGUGUGGUAUCUAGAACUCCUCUGAAACGCGCUGCAGAAGCAAAUGAAGUUUCAUCUCUGGUGGCGUUCCUUUGCAUGCCUGCUGCUUCUUACAUCACUGGCCAAACCAUUGCUGUUGAUGGUGGAUUUACGGUCAAUGGAUUCUCGUGAGUGCAUUCAAUACUUCGACUUACUUAUGUUGUAUUAAUUGCUUCUUUUGAUGUUCUAGCUAGUUCUCUCUUUCCGCCUGUAAUCUGUCAAGUUGUUUCUUUAAGUAAAACUGUUAAAAUAAUUUGACUCGUGAUUUACUUACAGCUGUUAUGUUUGGUGUAAUUAUGAACAAUAUGUCAUAUUUUUUAUAGCUCAAGGACCA